AUGUUCACUCUGCCUCCGCUCACUCCUCUGCCUUCUUGCCAAACUGAUGUGGUCUGGAACGUGGCAAUGUCCUCUUGUCCUGAUGAAGACCAAGACUGGAUAGUUGGCAUCAAGUCCUUGGGUGAUCAGCUGAGUUUCUGCAGGCCUCGUCGCGAGUUGCGUUGGACCAAGAUCUCAACUCCUUUUGACAACUUUCCAACCUCAAAUCUCAUGUAUUCUAAGAAAGACAAAAAGUUCUACUUGCCUGGUCCUGGAGGCCACCACUUGUUAUCAUAUGAUCUCCACUUCAACUGUGAGUUCUAUGACCUGCAGUUUCGCGACUUUCCAGAGGCCCUUCAGUAUGACUCGGAGCUGCUGCCGGAGCUGUUUCCUUCUUGUUCCAGGACGGAUCACCUCGUGGAGUCACCCUCCGGAGAGGAACUUUUCCUCGUCAAAUGGUAUAUUAUUGUAUACUUAGUAGCAUAUGAAUAA